AGAGCUGCCGUGAUGCUCCUGAGGCAGAUGCACACCUGGGUCUCCCACUCCCUGCCAGACCCAUGCCAAGCAGAAGACAGCAGGCCCUCGGCCACCUGUGCCUUGAAGGAGGGGCUGUCUCCAUGCCACCUGUUGACAGUGCGGGUCAUCCGGAUGAAAAAUGUCCGGCAGGCUGAUAUGCUGAGCCAGACAGACUGUUUUGUGAGCCUCUGGCUGCCCACUGCCUCUCAGAAGAAGCUGAGGACAAGGACCAUCUCCAACUGCCCAAAUCCAGAGUGGAAUGAAAACUUCAACUUCCAGAUCCAGAGCCGAGUGAAGAACGUGCUAGAGUUGAGUGUCUGUGAUGAAGACACAAUGACACCAGAUGACCAUCUCCUGACAGUUCUCUAUGACCUCACCAAGCUCUGUUUCCGAAAGAAAACCCAUGUGAAGUUUCCACUCAACCCGCAGGGCAUGGAAGAGCUGGAGGUGGAGUUCCUGCUGGAGGAGAGUCCCUCUCCACCUGAGACCCUCGUCACCAAUGGCGUGCUGGUGUCUCGACAAGUCUCCCGCCUGGAGGUUCAUGCACAAUCCAGGAGGCGGAGGAAGAGGGAGAAAAUGAAGGACCUCCUGGUGAUGGUGAACGAGUCCUUUGAGAACACCCAGCGUGUCCGGCCCUGCUUGGAACCCUGCUGCCCAACCUCUGCCUGCUUCCAAACCGCUGCCUGCUUCCACUAUCCCAAGUACUUCCAGUCCCAGGUGCACGUGGAAGUGCCCAAGAGUCACUGGAGCUGUGGGCUUUGCUGCUGCUCUCGCAAGAACGGCCCCAUCAGCCAGCCCCUCGACUGCCUUUCCGAUGGUCAGGUGAUGACCCUGCCUGUGGGUGAGAGUUAUGAAUUACACAUGAAGUCUACACCCUGCCCUGAGACACUGGACGUGCGACUGGGCUUCAGCCUGUGCCCAGCAGAGCUGGAGUUUCUGCAGAAGCGGAAGAUGGUGGUGGCCAAGGCCCUGAAGCAGGUGCUGCAGUUGGAGGAAGACCUGCAGGAGGACGAGGUGCCGCUGAUAGCUAUCAUGGCCACUGGGGGUGGAACAAGAUCCAUGACCUCCAUGUAUGGCCACCUGCUGGGGCUGCAGAAGCUGAACCUCCUGGACUGUGCCAGCUACAUCACUGGCCUGUCAGGGGCCACCUGGACCAUGGCUACCUUGUACCGUGACCCUGACUGGUCCUCCAAAAACUUGGAGCCUGCUAUCUUUGAGGCCCGGAGACAUGUAGUAAAGGACAAGCUACCCUCCCUGUUCCCAGAGCAGCUCCGCAAAUUCCAGGAGGAGCUCCGGCAGCGCAGCCAGGAAGGCUACAGGGUCACCUUUACAGACUUCUGGGGCCUGCUGAUAGAGACCUGUCUGGGGGACGAGAGAAAUGAAUGCAAACUGUCAGAUCAGCGUGCUGCUUUGAGCUGCGGCCAGAACCCCCUGCCCAUCUACCUCACCAUCAAUGUCAAGGAUGAUGUAAGCAACCAGGACUUCAGAGAGUGGUUCGAGUUCUCCCCCUACGAGGUGGGCCUGCAGAAGUAUGGGGCCUUCAUCCCCUCCGAGCUCUUCGGCUCCGAGUUCUUCAUGGGGCGGCUGGUGAAGAGGAUCCCGGAGUCUCGAAUCUGCUACAUGCUAGGCCUGUGGAGCAGCAUCUUCUCCCUGAACCUGCUGGAUGCCUGGAACCUGUCACACACCUCGGAGGAGUUUUUCCACAGGUGGACAAGGGAGAAAGUGCAGGACAUCGAAGACGAGCCAAUCCUGCCUGAAAUCCCCAAAUGUGAUGCUAACAUCCUAGAGACCACGGUAGUGAUCCCAGGGUCAUGGCUGUCCAAUUCUUUCCGAGAAAUCCUUACCCAUCGGUCCUUCGUGUCUGAGUUUCACAACUUCCUGUCUGGGCUGCAGCUGCACACCAACUACCUCCAGAAUGGCCAGUUCUCUAGGUGGAAAGACACAGUGCUGGAUGGUUUCCCAAACCAGCUGACGGAGUCCGCGAACCACCUGUGCCUGCUGGACACUGCGUUCUUUGUCAACUCCAGCUACCCGCCCCUCCUCAGGCCAGAGCGAAAAGCCGACCUCAUCAUCCACCUCAACUACUGUGCUGGGUCCCAGACAAAGCCCCUGAAACAAACUUGUGAGUACUGCACUGUGCAGAACAUCCCCUUCCCCAAAUACGAGCUGCCAGAUGAGAACGAAAAUCUCAAGGAAUGCUACCUGAUGGAGAACCCCCAGGAACCCGAUGCCCCCAUCGUGACUUUCUUCCCACUCAUCAAUGAUACUUUCCGAAAAUACAAGGCACCAGGUGUAGAGCGAAGCCCUGAGGAGCUGGAGCAGGGCCAGGUGGACAUUUAUGGUCCCAAAACUCCCUAUGCCACCAAGGAGCUGACGUACACAGAGGCCACCUUUGACAAGCUGGUGAAACUCUCAGAGUACAACAUCCUGAAUAAUAAGGACACUCUCCUCCAGGCUCUGCGGCUUGCAGUGGAGAAGAAGAAGCGCCUGAAGGGCCAGUGUCCCUCCUAGGCCCCAGGGAGUCUCCCCUGUUCUGUGUCAGCUUCUACCGUCAGAGGCGCAGGACCCCUCAGGGCUGACCAGGUUACUACGCAGCCAGCUCUGCUCUCUGGCAAUGGGUGUGAGCAGGUUGGCCUGGGCUUUCUAAUGAAAAAUAAAAAAUUUUAAAAAGUUGAGAAAGUCAGAAAGAGAGAGAGAGGAGCCCUGUUGGGGUUUUAUAUCCACUACAGUUUCUUCAAGUGCUUCUCUAUAGAGAAGGUGGUCUCAUAGCCACAGGCUCCCACACGUCUGUGGAGACAAAAAGCCUGGGGAAGAGGCUGGGCCCCCAGAAACCUCGACUCAGAGGCAGAGCCCAGGGCUGGCAGCCCUCCUCUCUCUGUCCUCCACCUCGUGUGGCGGGCCUAGGGAAAUGCACAGAAAGACCUGAGAGGCACUCGGUGUUUCCCUGGAAAAACACUUCAAAAUUUACGGCAAUUCUAGUCUCGUGAUUUUUGUUUUUUUUUUAGACGGAGUCUCACUCUGUUGCCCAGGCUGGAGUGCAAUGGCGCAAUCUCGGCUCACUGCAACCUCUGCCUCCCAGAUUCAAGCAAUUCUCCUGCCUCAGCCUCCCAAGUAGCUGAGAUUAUAGGCACCCGCCACCACGCCCAGCUAAUCUUUUGUAUUUUUAGUAGAGACGGGGUUUUGCCAUGUUGGCCAGGCUGGUCUCGAACUCCUGACCUCAGGUGAUCCACCCGCCUUGGCCUCCCAAAGUGCUGGGAUUACAGGCAUGAGCCACCGCACCCGGCCCUAGUCUCAUUAUUUUUAUAGGCAAUUAUAUUUCAUGAUUUUUAUUUUUAUGAAUCGGAGUAUUAAUAGGAAGCAUGAAGCUAGAAGAUCUAGACGGAGCCCUAGAGAUAAGCCAGUCUCUGCCACAACAAAGCCAAAUAGGUGGCCAGCUUCAGUGACUCUCUACAGCUACCCAGAGCUCCAGGGCUGGUGAUCCAUGUCAUCAUGACCAGGCAGCCAUGCCCAAGCAUCCAGCUCCAAAGAAAUGCCAGGCAAAGCCUAAGUGUAUAGCCCAGGUUCACCAAAUGAGGAUCUGGGAUGGAGUUCAGCAAGGUCAGGCAGGCUGCGGGUAAAUGAGGUUGGGUGCCAGGUAGGCGAUGCAUCCAGCGCUGCCCACUCCAGCUGUCGGUGCUCACUGACAACCCUGCUCCAAGAGCGUCUCUCAGCCUCUUACUGCCCAUCUCUCUGGCUGCCAGAUGGGAUUACUUAUUUCUAAAUGUGAUUCCUCUUAUCUGUGUUGUCAACACCGUGACCAGUGCAUUCCAACUCUUGGAGAGUCACCCACAGAGACUGAAACUAGGAAGAAUUAGUGAAAAAGGACUAGGUUAGCCGUCAGAGGAAGAAGCCCGCCCUUGAAGAUUGCUUCCUAAUGAAUCUCUGGGAAAACCCCGGGACACAGAGAAGCUCAAAGUCAGCAGGUCUCCCUUCAGGCUGGGAACAUAACCAAGGAAAUGCAUAACCGGAGCCAUUGACAGGCCCAGGCUGAUAAAAGGUGAAAGCAGAAAGGCAGGAAGACAUAAGGUCUGCAGGAAGCCCAGCAACCCUGGAAGGCGGAGUCCCCUUUCUGGGCCACCAUGCUCCCUAAGCAGUCUUUGGGUUGUGAGGAAACCAGUGGUGACAGGUACCAAAAGUUUAGAAAAAUUGGCCUCCGAUGUACAUCCUUGCUACUCAAAGUGCAGUGGGCAGUUGGUUGGAAAUGCGGAAUCUCAGGCCUCAGCCCAGCUGUACUAAAUCAGAAGCUGCAUUUUCAGGAGAUUCCCACCCCCAGGCCCCCCUGUGAUUCCUAUGCAUAUUAAAGUUUGAGAGGCCUGGAUUUAUGCCACUCCCUCCCAUGAGCUUGGAACGUAUGAAUCAGUGCUCCCUUGAGCCACUGAUAAACUGAGCUCUGGACCUGCAAAACUGGUCCCCACCCAGGUAAUGCUAACCUGGGACACCAGCCCUCCCCUCCACCAGAGCAACUGGCUGCCUCCACUUUGACAUCUUUUCUUUCUGACUGCAACAGACUCUCCUUCAACUAUCAAAGAGUGAGCCAAGCAACAGACAGGACUUGUUUAUUGUAAGGCGAAGGCAGCCAUGCCUUGGAUUCAUCAAAAGUUUGUGAAACGAGGUUCAUAAAAUCAUCAUAUUAUUUGUGCAUGGAAUAAAAUGGCCAUGUGGGUGAA